GUAGAAAUACAAAGAGCGGAAGAGCUUACAGAGCGCAGUGCAGGGCUUCUCGUUGUCCACUACCUCUUGUUCUUCUCUAUUUCGCUUGGUUCUCCAUCGAACAUUUUUAUUUGUGGGGUUUUAUCUCUUCACAAACUCCAAUUAGGGUUUUGCGCUAUCUAUUGUUCUUUAGAAGAAAUCGAAGUCAUGGCUUCUGAUUCAGUCGUGAACGGUUCUGCUCCUGCAUUCUCGAAGGAUUUUGGGAAGAAAAAGAGGAACAACAGAACUGCAAAAUUGAAGCAGUGCAAGCUUGAUGCCAGACGCGAACAAUGGCUUUCUCAGGUCAAGAACAAGGAAUGCAAGGAGGAAUCGAACGGCGGAGUGGUAUUACCUCCUUCGUCCUUGCCUCAGAUGGACGAGCGGAAACGGUCAUUGGAGAAUUUGGAAACGAGAUCAAGAGGGGAGGAGAACGAAGGAUCAUGCCUUAAUGAUAGUGAUUUGGAGUCCCUGGCGAAUAGUCCCACCGGCAGUAUCUUGGGGGCCAAUGAUCCCAGGAAGGAUCGUCCCGGGAGUAGCAGCGGUAGCAGUAGAAGCAGCAGUAGCAGUAGUGGAUGCUAUUCCGGAAGCGUCAGUGAGGAAGAAGAGGAUGAUGGGUGUCUGGAUGACUGGGAGGCUGUUGCUGAUGCCUUAACUGCUGAUGAUAAGAGGCAACAUUCGCCAAAUUCAGUCCCUCCAGCGGAACCCGAAGCCCCCGUUGGAUCAAAUGCUUCUCAUGAAUUGCCUAGCGAUAAAUGUGAAGCGGAAAAUUUAAAACCGGAUUGCCAAGGAACCGUUCUUAGGGUUUCAGAAAACGGUCGUGCAUGGAGGCCUGAUGACGCUUUUCGUCCCCAGAGUCUGCCUAAUCUUUCAAAGCAGCGUAGUUUCACCGUGAAUGCGGAGCGUCAUUGUGGUCGUGGAGCUGGCUCCUGGACUUGCCACAGAAUAAACUCCCCGCCUUCAUCUUGCCCUAUCUGCUAUGAAGAUCUGGAUCUCACUGACUCAAGUUUUCUCCCAUGUUCUUGUGGAUUCCGGCUCUGCCUCUUCUGCCACAAGAGGAUAUUAGAGGCUGAUGGGCGUUGUCCCGGCUGCAGGAAACAAUACGAUCCCUCAAUCGGGGAUACGGGAGUUAGUGAGGGUGUCCUGCCGAUUCGGCUGGCUCGUUCUUCUAGCACGGGCACAAACUUUUAAGAAGGUCUUUGUUUUCUUGGAAAACGCUGUAUUGGGAGAGGGGUGGGGAAGUUCAGUGUUUUUUUGCCCUUUUUCUUUUGUUUCCCUUUUUACUAUCUUAUUUGUUCUGUUCAUGGACAGAGCUCUGUUUUCGAUGUGGUAGAUGUGAAUAUAGGAUAGCAUUUUGAAACGCUCCGGGAACUUAACUGGACUUCUUAUGAGUUAGAUUCUUGUAUGUUGCAUAUGCUGGCGUGGAGGGAUUUAUGUGGGUAUGUGAAUAGAUAAGGGCAUACAUAAUGAAAUACAUCAAAAUCUUGCAGAACAUA